AUGGAAAUCGAUAACCAAAAUAUAAAUAAUAUAAAUAAUAAUAAUAUACACAAUAAUAUAAAUAAUAAUAAUAUAAAUAAAAGGAAUAUAGAGAAUAAUAUAAAUAAUAUAAAUAAUAUAAAUAAUAAUAUAUCAAUGAAGAAUAAAAAUAAUAAUAUCGACAAUAAAAAAAAUAGUAAUAAUAAUAAUAAUAAUAAUAAUAAUAAUAAUAAUAAAAAUAGCAUAAGUAAUAAUAAUAAUAAUAAUAAUAAAUCAUUUGGAUUAUAUUCAUUAGAACAACCAGCACCAUUACCUUUAUGGUUAUUAGUUAUAGUAUUUGGUGUUUCAAUUUCAGUUAUAGUAUUUUUAUUUUUAAAUUUUCCAAGUUUAUCUCCUCAACACAAACAAUUAAUUCGUUUACCUAAAAACUUUAAAGAUGUUAAAUUAUUAAGUGAUAUUUUAUCUCAGUAUACUGAUGAUAAUUAUUUUAUUGUAAUUACUACUUUUGGUGUUAUUUAUACAUUUUUACAAGCAUUUUCAAUACCAGGAUCAGUAUUUUUAAGUUUUUUAUCAGGUGGAUUAUUUGGAUUAAAAGUUGGAUUUCCAUUAGUUUGCUUUGUAGCAACAUUAGGUGCAACAUUUUCCUAUUUAAUAUCAUAUUAUAUUGGAAGAAAUUUAGUAAGAAAGUUAUUUCCAGAUAAAUUAAAGUUAUUUUCAGAUUCACUAUCGCAAAAACGUGAUAAUUUAUUAAAUUAUAUCGUUUUCUUGCGUAUUACACCAUUCUUACCAAAUUGGUUCAUAAAUUUAGCAUCUCCAUUGUUGGAUGUUCCAAUUCAUACAUUUGCCAUUGGCACCUUUAUUGGAAUUAUGCCAGCCACCUUUUUGGCUGUAAAAGCUGGAAUUCAAAUCCAAAACAUUCAAAAUCCUUCCGAUAUUUUCGAUUUAAAAUCAAUUUUAACAAUGGCAGCUUUAGCUUUAUUAUCUAUUUUACCAACUUUAAUUCAAAAAAAGUUAAAAGUUAAUUAA